AUGCUCCGUCGUCGAUUGGCCAAGGACGAGUCGGCCGAUUCGCGCGACCCUCUCCAGUCGCCUGAGCCCGAGCCUCCUGCUGCUACUACUAGUACUCCUCCCCGGCCCAAGCUCAAGCACAAGUCCGAGUCCUUCGUCACCAAACCCCGCAGCAAACGCCGCAAUGGCCUCAUCUUCGUCCUCGGUGGCCUCUUCGGUGUGCUUAUGGCUGUUCUCUUUGCCAAUCAGCAGGAUGUGAUCAGUCUCGAUAGCUUAAUGGACCUGAACCUGGAGUCCUUGAUGGAUGUCAUGCCCCAGGGAUUGCUCAAGGAUGCGAGGGAGUUCACCCAACAUGAGCGCGACACGGUCAACUACGAUUCGUUCUCCGUCGGACUGCACCUCCAGUCUCAGGGCGUCAAGGCCAAACACCCCAUGAUCAUGGUCCCCGGGGUCAUCUCCACCGGCCUCGAGAGCUGGGGUACCGACGAAUCCUCCCGCCAGUACUUCCGGCGCAGACUCUGGGGCAGUUGGAGCAUGAUGCGCGCGCUGGUCCUCGACAAGACCGAAUGGAAGAACCACAUUAUGCUGGACAAGGAGACCGGUCUGGAUCCCCCCGGGAUUAAGCUCCGCGCGGCGCAGGGCUUCGACGCAACGGACUUCUUCAUCACUGGUUACUGGAUCUGGAACAAGAUCCUCGAGAACUUGGCUACCAUCGGCUACGACCCGACCAACGCCUUCACGGCCGCCUACGAUUGGCGUCUCUCGUACCCAAACCUGGAGGUCCGCGACCAGUACUUCAGUCGGCUGAAGUCCUACAUCGAGACGGCGGUCCAGGUCGGCGGCGAGAAGGUCACCCUUGCGUCCCACAGCAUGGGCUCACAGGUCGUGCUCUACUUCUUCAAAUGGGUCGAGCACCCCGACCAUGGCGCUGGAGGCAGCACCUGGGUCAACGAUCACAUUGCCAACUGGAUCAACAUCAGCGGAUGCAUGCUCGGCGCCGUCAAGGGUCUCACCGCCGUCCUGUCCGGGGAGAUGCGCGACACGGCCCAGCUCAAUGCCUUCGCCGUCUAUGGCCUCGAGAAGUUUCUCUCCAAGGAGGAACGCGCCGAGAUCUUCCGUGCCAUGCCCGGCAUCAGCAGCAUGCUUCCCAAGGGCGGCGAAGCUGUCUGGGGCAACGCCACCUGGGCGCCAGACGACCUCCCCAACCAGUCCCACUCGUACGGCACCGUGCUCAACUUCCGCGAGUCCAACUCGACCCGCACAUCCAGGAACCUCACCGUCGCCGAAAGUCUGUCCUAUCUCUUCAACGACUCGGAACCCUGGUACCGCAACCAGGUUCUCGGUAGCUACUCGCACGGCGUCGCCCACACGGCCCGCGAAGUCGAAGAAAACGAGAACAACCCCCGCACGUGGCUCAACCCCCUUGAGGCCCGCCUGCCCCUCGCCCCGGACAUGAAGAUCUACUGCUUCUACGGCGUCGGCAAGCCCACCGAACGCAGCUACUUCUACCAGGAGGAGCGCGACCCCCUGGUCAACCUGAACGUCAGCAUCGACACCACCGUUACCAACAACGAUGGCGUCGACCACGGCGUCAUCAUGGGCGAGGGCGACGGCACCGUCAACCUCCUCAGCACGGGCUACAUGUGCGCCAAGGGCUGGCGCAUGAAGCGCUACAACCCCGCCGGCGUCAAGAUCAAGGUCUUUGAGAUGCCACACGAACCGGAUCGGUUCUCGCCCCGCGGGGGGCCUAACACAGGCGACCACGUCGACAUCCUCGGCCGCGCCUCCCUCAAUGACCUCAUCCUCCGCGUUGCGGGCGGUCAAGGCGACCAGAUCGAGGAGACCUUCGUCUCGAAGAUCAAGGAGUAUGCGGACCGGGUGCAGAUCUUCGAUGAUGAGUGAGGGCGUUAAAAAGUUGUUGGGGUCGGUGUGUUUUCAUUCGCUACUAACGUACAUACCUUAUUUUAUAUUAUGAGAUGCUAUAUCAUGCUAGACUUAGAUUCCCG